GCGCGGAGCUGGCGACUGCGGGCCGGCCUGACACGCCGCGGCGCUUGCUCUCCAGCUCCCAAGGAAGGACAGCGGGCCCCGCCGCCGCCGCCCGAUGGCGAGGCUGCGGGAUUGCCUGCCCCGCCUGAUGGUGACGAUCCGGUCCUUGCUCUUCUGGUCCUUGGUCUACUGCUACUGCGGGCUUUGUGCCUCCGUCCACCUGCUCAAACUUUUGUGGAGCAUCGGCAAGGGACCCGCACAGACCUUCCGGCGGGUGACCCGGGAACACCCUCCUGCGUGCAUGAAUGACCCCUCUCUGGGUACCCACUGCUACGUGCGGAUCAAGGAUUCUGGGUUAAGAUUUCACUAUGUUGCUGCUGGAGAAAGAGGCAAACCGCUUAUGCUACUGCUUCAUGGAUUUCCAGAAUUCUGGUAUUCUUGGCGUUACCAACUGAGGGAAUUUAAAAGUGAAUAUAGAGUUGUCGCCCUGGAUUUGAGAGGCUAUGGAGAAACAGAUGCUCCCAGCCAUCGAGACAAUUAUAAAUUAGACUGUCUAAUUACAGAUAUAAAGGAUAUUUUGGACUCCUUAGGGUAUAGCAAGUGUGUUCUGAUUGGUCAUGACUGGGGAGGCAUGAUUGCCUGGCUCAUUGCCAUCUGUUAUCCUGAAAUGGUGAUGAAGCUUGUUGUUAUUAACUUUCCUCAUCCAAAUGUAUUUACAGAAUAUAUUUUACAACACCCUGCUCAGCUGUUUAAAUCCAGUUAUUACUACUUCUUCCAAAUACCACGGUUCCCAGAAUUCAUGUUCUCAAUAAAUGAUUUCAAGGCAUUGAAACACCUAUUUACUAGUCAAAGCACUGGAAUUGGGAGAAAAGGGUGUCGAUUAACAACAGAAGAUCUUGAAGCUUAUAUUUAUGUCUUUUCUCAGCCUGGAGCAUUAAGUGGUCCAAUUAACCAUUACCGAAAUAUUUUCAGCUGCCUGCCUCUCAAACAUCACAUGGUGACCACUCCGACACUCCUACUGUGGGGAGAGAAAGACGCAUUUAUGGAGGUUGAGAUGGCUGAAGUCACAAAAAUUUAUGUUAAAAACUAUUUCAGAUUAACUAUUUUGUCAGAAGCCAGUCAUUGGCUUCAGCAAGACCAACCUGAUAUAGUGAACAAACUGAUAUGGACAUUUCUAAAAGAAGAAACAAGAAAAAAAGACUGACUUUAUCUUCUAUGAGGGAUCUGUAAUGAAAUCUAAAUAUUUUUUAAAAAUUGUUUUCAACUUCAUUAUGUUUUAUUAGGGGAAACCCCUGUUUUAAUAUGCUUUAUCAUAAAUAAAUAUUCUGAUAAAUGGUAUUGAAAAAAAUUGAGAAUGUGUGAACGAGUAUUAUAAUGUUUAUUUCCAUCCGUCAUAUUUUGCACAGAAAAGCGUCUGCCUUAAAUUGUAUAUAUAUGUACAAAAAGG